UUUUUAUAUAUAAUUGCAAUGAAUAAAAACGUACGAUUAUUAACUUUGACGUACUACUUGUUUCUUAAUGUUUCUAUUCUUUAUUGAAUGGUUAUUUGACAAAGUGAAUUGUGCGUUAUAUCGAAAUCGAGUUCUGAUCAAACCUUUGGUAUGACGAAACGCAGUCUGUUUUUGAUUCUUUUCGACACUUAUUAUGAGUGGUGAAUUCACAGACUUAAAAUUCGGGUAAGGAAAAGGGGUGGAUGCACCUUCAUUAUUGUAAACUAUUUUGAGCCAUUUCACUUUAAGACCUAACUACUAGUUACUAUAAUCACUCGAAUUCAGAACAGGUAUGUUGCUCCCACUAACAAGACUCAGUCAAACUGACAAUCACUUUCCGGGCGUGCUUGUUUCUGUCCGUCCUAGAUUUCUUCCAGUCUACUUCUACACCGAACAACAUCGCUCGUCGACGUGGUCGGUUUCUUUUGUGUGUAAUUAUCGCCAUAGAUUGUCUGCAUCAAGCAUUACAUUUAUGUGUUUUUCUGUUACCGAAGAAUGUGGCAAAAUGUUUUUUCAACCGUAAUCUCACAAAUUUAUCAGCUGACAAUUUACAUAUUACAAGAUAAUAAAAUUUGUUACCAUAAGUCCGAAUUUCUUCCAACCCUGUACAUCAUUGGUAAAGUUCAGCUGGUAUUCUGUUCUAAUAAUAACAGUUUGCUAUGCACUUAUUUCACUCAAGCUGUUUUGUGCGCAACUAGGAAGUUAUUUGUAACUUAACUAGAUAUUAUGAGUAACUUUUGAACCAUACUUUGCUUCUGCAUCUCAAAACUCAUGUUAUUCUUUAGAAACAAUUAUGUUUCUGAAUGAUUUAUUUUGACAUAAAGGUGAUGACUUCGGUUUGUUAAAUAUAAACACCACUUAAGUAUUGAAAUGGAUAAUGUAGUUGACUACAUGUCUGAUGAUAUCCUGAAUGAAAUAGAAGAUGUAAAACCUGGUUUAUUUAUAUCACGGGAUUCCCGACGACAGCGUGUUGUGGAAGCAAAUCGACGAAAAAACAAAUGUCUUUCGAAGUCGGAAAGGGAAAUGCAUCACUUGAAAGAAGGCCUAAAGAAAAAGGUUGGACCUGAAAACAAGGGUUUCAGUCUGCUUUCGAAAAUGGGAUACGUUCCGGGGAAAGGUUUGGGGAAAAAUGCCACUGGGAUAGCUGAUCCUGUUUCGAUUGAAAUUCCUCAAGGUCGUGAAGGCCUAGGUUUCGCUUCUGAGAAAAAUGAGCGUAUAAUGUUUAGGGAAAACCUCAGACAACAAAUACAAAUGGCAUACAAAGAUGAAUUCCGAAACACUAUGGCCGUGAGAUUCCGACAGAAUCGUUUGAAUCGACAACUAGAUGUUGCCCGUCGAAUAUGUCAAGAUCUGGAUCUGAAGGAACUUAUCGAAACUCCAGUUCACGAAUCAUUCUGGCCUCCUGUUGAUCCUGUUCCAACUGAACCCGUGGAUAAUUCUAAGUAUGGAUCGAGCAGUUCAAGUAGCUUUAAAUCUUUAAAAGACAGAUCUGCACAUACUGUACUGUCUCAGGAAGAUUGUAUGAACGAAGACUUUCCGGAUAAUGACUUAGCCAAGCUAGAUGCAAAUCAUGCGAAUUGUGACCACACUUCUAUCCAAAGGAACUUUAUACAGCUUUUAGACUAUUUACGAAGUCGGCAUAAUUAUUGCUUUUGGUGUAGCCUUCAGUAUCAAAGUCAAUCUGAACUUUUGGAACAGUGUCCGGGAGAGGAUGAAGAUCAACACGAUUGAUUCACUUCUUUUUAAAAAAACAUUGUAUAUAGACAAAAAUCAAUCAUUUAAAAUAUUCGAAUGCAUUUUUAUUUGUUG